UACUUUUAUGGUUAGUUAACAGUCUUUGGUACGUAUAAAUGACGUUUUGGGGGAUUGGUCUACUUCCAGGCGUGUACACUACCGUUGAAAAAUUUGCAAUCAGCUGUUAUGUUUUUCUUCUUUCCUUUAACACAACUAUUUAAAAAACUGCAUAAUUUAGACACCAAAUGUUUCAUUCACAUUUGAAAUAGUUUUGAAGAAUGAAAUGAUUCAAACUUCCAUUUAGUGGACGUCCCCUCAGUGUUGCAUGAUGGGAGAAUACUGUUGAAUUGGAUGUAGAAUUUGUUUUCAGUGACCCGCCUCCAUCAUUAUUGAACUAAAUAUUGAGUCUCAUGUGUGUUUAAGUUUAUACAUUUAAGAUAUGGACAAAGGUAUUGAUAGAAAUAUUUGCUUUAUUGUACACAAUAACUGUGAACAUUCAGUCCAUUAUCGGUGACAUUCUUAUCAUUAUUUCCAGAGAUACAAAGUUUUUGGUUUUGGAGAAGAUCCAAAAAUCAACCAGAUAAACUUAUUUUGCAGUAAAAUAGUCAGUUUGUAGCGUUGUUGUCCUGUGAGAACCACGUAUCUCUAAAUCCACUUGUCAUGAGAAACACUGUUCUAUUUGAACUCGCUAUUGGUUUACUCUCCGAGGCACGGCCUGGGCGCCCUGAAAAAGAUAAUUUUUACUCAACGCCCAGUUUAGGGUUUGUCCCACCUGUACAAGCCGUCGCGUACAACGGCUAGCUUGUACGCCCGAUGUUACGCCGGCAUCGCUCAGGGUGUCUCGCUCCUCCGGACUUGCCCAGGCAUUAGCCAUCAACAGUGGCCGAACCAUAGGUGCCACUUGCAGCUUGGCCCACGGUGGGGGUCCGGAGGCUUUUUGUCCUUUUCAGGUAGCAUCAGCAUCCCUAUCAAUCUGCUAAUAAGGCAACCAGUGCGAUGCUAACUAUCGCGGUCAGCCUACAAAAUUCCUCACCCCUGCACCACUCUAUAGCAAAGCCCAUUAGAGGGCACUGUACGCGCCUCUUAGAACUGGAGUUACAUCCGAGUAACUACUACUAUUUCAACUUUGCAACAUGCAUUUUCCAGCUGACCCAAGAGGAUUUUAAAAAUAAUGUAUUUAAGAAGUAGAAGAAUGUUCUCAAUACAUUAAGGAUGCUGAAGAAUUCUUGAGGUUAUCAAAAACAUUAAACAUCCUCACAUCUGGAGAUACGUGGUUUUCACUGGAACUACAGGUUAGUUACCAACAUCAUGUUGCUGUUUUUGUCUGAGACAACAUAUCUUAAAGGUGGUGCUGUUGGGUGUUAAUAGAGGUUAAAUGAGGGGUAAAUGAACCCUGUCCAUGGCCGGAUGCUUUCGACCCCCCGCCCCCACACACGCACACACACGCACACACAGUGGGAGGCUGCGCAGUGCCAGGCCCGGGCCAGUAGCAGCAGUCGAUGCCUCAUCACACGUUCUUUACGCACACUGGAUGAACGGAGGCAGAGACCCGGUCGAGGAUGAUGCUUACACCGGCUCAGAAGGGCUUCCUCUCCGGGUUCGUUUACCAGGGAGCAGCGAUAUGGUCGCUGGUACCGGUGUAAAAUGCACUGGCGCAGACCGGGUGUGCUGGUCAAGCCUAGCUGAUCUCGGUUGCUCGGCUUCGCCUCUCCCGUUUUUAUUCUAGUAGGCUACUUUAAAAAAAAAUAUUGUAGCGAUUAUUUCCAGGUCACAAUCUCAGUUUCCUGUGCGGCUUGUUUGUACUAAAAAUGGCCGGAGAUGGCGGCGCUCUGAAGGAUAUCAAUGAGAUUAAAUCCCAGUUCCGGACCAGAGAGGGUUUCUACAAACUGCUCACCCUCUCCGACUCGCAGCAGCGGGGCGGGCUGGCGCGGGGUCCUUCCUCCGGAGCCACGCUGGGCCCUGGGGCUGGACCCGGUGCGAUACCGGGCGGAGGGGUCGGGCUGCUGCAGGGGCCCGGUGCUGCCACGGCCGCUGCCUCCUCUUCGUCCAACGCCGCGGCCAACUCCUCCCCAGCGGGCUUCCUGCCGCCGGUCCGGGUCUCGAUGGUCAAGCUGCAGCCCGAAGACCCGGGCGAGGAGUCGGAGCGGGUGUGCUUCAACAUCGGCAGGGAGCUGUAUUUCUACACGUACACCAACAUCAAGAAGGCUGUAGACCUCAGUAAGCCGAUAGACAAGAGGAUCUACAAAGGGACUCAGCCGACAUGUCAUGACUUCAACCAGUACUCCGCCACGGCGGAGAGCGUAGCCCUCAUCGUGGGUUUCUCGGCCGGACAGGUCCAGUACCUCGACCCCAUUAAGAAGGAAACAAGUAAACUCUUCAAUGAGGAGAGGUUGAUAGACAAAUCCAAGGUGACGUGUCUCAAAUGGCUCCCUAAGUCCGAGAACCUGUUCCUGGCCUCCCAUGCCAGUGGCCACCUCUACCUCUACAACGUGGACCACCCGUGCGGCACUGCGGCCCCGCAGUACUCUCUGCUGCGGCAGGGAGAGGGCUUCGGCGUCUACGCCUGCAAGACCAAGACGCCGCGCAACCCAUUGCUGCGGUGGGCCGUGGGCGACGGGGGCCUCAACGAGUUUGCGUUCUCCCCGGACGGCGUGCAUGUGGCGUGCGUGGGCCAGGACGGCUGCCUGCGCGUCUUUCACUUUGACUCGAUGGAGCUGCAGGGGGUGAUGAAGAGCUACUUUGGCGGGCUGCUGUGCGUGUCGUGGAGCCCCGACGGGAAGUAUCUCGCCACGGGCGGAGAGGACGACCUGGUUACCGUCUGGUCGUUCGCAGAGAGCCGCGUGGUCGCAAGAGGUCACGGCCACAAGUCCUGGGUCAACGUGGUGGCGUUCGACCCCUUCACGACUUCCCUGGAAGAUGAGGAGCCUAUGGAGCUAAGCGGCAGCGAGGAGGACCUCCACCAGGGGGCGCCAAAUAACUCCACGCACUUUGGCCGGGUCCGAACAAGCAGCACGUUGUCGCGUCUUUCUCGCCACAGCUCUAAAGGUGGCGGUUCGUCGUCGGUCACAUACCGUUUUGGCUCGGUGGGGCAAGACACCCAGUUCUGUCUGUGGGACUUGACGGAUGACGUGUUAUACCCACGCCUGCCGCUGUCCCGCGCCUUCACUAACACUUUUGGACCAUCGCUGUCCAACUCUGGCAGCGGAGGGGUCAACAGCACCUCAGUUGUCGGAGGAAGUGGAACGGUUGAGGGGCACCACCACCCGCCUAACACCGGCGCGGACAACCCACCAACGCUCCCCUUACCGCUUCCUCGCUCCCUCUCCCGCUCCAACUCUUUGCCCCACCCUGCCGUGGCGAACGCCUCCAAGGGCCAAAGUGCCACGGAGGGCAGCGGGGGAGGCGGAGGAGGUGGAGGGAGCGCUGUCGGAGGGAACAGCACGCCGUUCAGCAUCGGUCGCUUCGCCACGCUGUCACUCCAGGAGCGCAAGUCAGACAAGUCCGGCUGCAGCAGUGGGGUGGAGAAGGAGCACAAGAGGUACCACAGCCUGGGCAACAUCAGCAAGAGCAACGACAAGAUCAACGUGGCGCCGAGGAGCAACCGGCUGGACGCCGCCAAGGUCCUGGGCACCACGCUGUGCCCGCGCAUGUACGAGGUGCCGCUGUUGGAGCCGCUGGUGUGCAAGAAGAUUGCACAUGAGAGGCUGACCGUCCUGGUGUUCAUGGACGACUGCAUCAUCACAGCCUGCCAAGAGGGUCUCAUAUGCACCUGGGCGCGGCCGGGGAAGGCGAACCCGACAGCACAGAACGGGAACUCUCCGAGCGGCACGGUGGUAUAGCUGUAGGAGAAGCUUUGCACUCCACCCCCCCCCCCCCCCCCGCCACCACCCCCAUCCUUUCCACUGAUCCUCAAGUAUGUCAAAUUAGGGGCCAACAACCAGGGGCCGUACCCUUCCUACCACUGCAGUAUUACACCGUCAGUAUGACCCUCUGUACGACCCAAACCAUGAUCCCUGCUGAUUGCACUCUCACGGCGGCCAGCUCGGUGGGAAACACUUCCUGAAUCACCAAAACUAACAUCACGUCAGAUUUAUGAAGUCUUCAGGUAGACUUUAGAAGUUAGCUGCCAGUCUUGGGAACAACAAAGCAAAGAUGCUAGCUGGCAUAUCAGCUAGUUAGCCCUUUAGCUCUGCUUAGACUAGGUUCUGGUAGGUAGCGUGACAUGGCCGAAAGUAUGUGGACACCAAUUUGGUGUUGGAUUUUUUUAUUGUUUGGGUAACGCCCCUUUGUUCCUGUGAUCUUAACUACUACUGCACACAAUUAAAUUUUAAACAACAGUGUUUUUCCAUCUUGGCAUUUUGGGGUUUCCUGUUUUUGAAAAUGGCCCCAUUCACAAGUGCUUAAAGAAAUGGUUCUCCCACCAGUGUGUGGUGGAAGAACUUGACUGACCUGCACAGACCUCAACGCCAUUUAACACUCCAGACCUGAUCACUUUUUCACCUCAGUAGCACUAUUGUAACUGAAUCCCUGCAGCGUGGUUAUAGAAUCUAAGAAAGUGGAGGCUGAUUAUAGCAGCAGAGUAAUGCUCAUGGUUUUGGAAUGAGAUGUCCAACUAUCACUUAUAGGUGUGACGUUCAUGUGUACACAUACCUUUGGCCAUAUCAUGUAUUUAAAACGUAUCUGCCCCACAUAGGAACUAUUUUGUUACAGAUUGUAAUGAGUCAUUCCUCUUGUUAGCAACAUUAAGAUCCACAGAUUCUACUACUAUUCCGCACAAUCAUUUGUUCAUCAAAUACAAAGAUGAUUUAUUUUCUAAGCCAAAAACAGCCAAAACGCCAGACUAAAAAUAAUGAAAUGGUGUCCUGAUUAAACAGGUGGAGUCUCCAUCCUUCAGCUCCACCCUGUCCAGUAUGAAACUCAAAGGAAACAUGUAGGUUGUACUCAUAGUUAGGUUAGUUUCACCAGUCAGUAUUCUGACCACGAUGAAACUUUGAUAAUAAUAAUAAUACAUUUUAUUUCUAUAGUGCUUUUAAAGGUACUAAGAGGCACUUUACACGGUGAAAAUAGCAACAGAAACAAUAAGAAAAAAAGUAACAUUCUGAGAGUGUAAAACCAAUCCCACUUAAUUGAUAAUUAAACCAAGAAUCACAGAUUAUAAGCAUGUCUGAUUCCUGAUGUUGUAGAUAUGGUGAACAGCAGUAGAACGGAGCCACAGUGUACUUCAGGGAGAGUUUCCCACCUCGUGCCACAGUGGAAGUUUAAGCCCCCCCCCCCCCCAGAAAGACGGCAUCCAACACACAGAUAUCCUAACCCGUCUGCUGCCCUGAAGCAACAAGGAGCGAGCAGCGUCGUCCGAUCCCUCCCGAUCUCCCCCUCAUUCGAAAGACACAGCAAAAGCCACGGCCAUUGUAUUUAAGUUAUUUAUUUUAUCACAAGACUGUGUAGUUAUUUAUAAUGUAAAUACUGGAAAUACUCUAUAAAUACAUAAAAAGGACAAACGUGUAUGGGAACAAUGACUUCACGGCAAGGAAGCGAAGAACAACAGACGGGAAAGAUGAAGAAUAUUAAUAUAUGAAGAUCCUUCUAUUGUAUAUAGCAACCACAGCUAAAAAACAAAAAAAAUGAAUGUCUGCUGUUUUAGGGAACUUGAAGAUCUCAAUGUCUUUUUAUUUCGUGUGAUAAGAGUUUCCUCGUUUGUCUCUGAAAAGCAAGCUGGCGGAAGCAUUUUUUGGGUCCAGCGUGACCUUUUUGGAGGCGGCUGACCCGAGUGGAGCACAGAGAGGCUGCGAGCUGUACAUUUCAGCCGACUGAUCCCAGUUCACGGGUCUGAAUAAUACCGAUGUGUGUGUGUGUGUGGACAAAUGGCAUUGAACAAACACACUCUUGCACAUUCCGAACGUUAAAAUGGCUCCACACACACACACACAUACACUCACGUAAAACACACGCUCAUGGUGUAGCAUCACAUAUACUGUAUCUUCAUCCCUGUUGCACCUCAAUGGCCUCUUGCAAGAAUUUGCACAUACAGUUCAUCGUGAGCCGCCCGACAAGAGACACAAGGGGCGUUAUUGUCUGAUCUGAGCUCUGCAGAAACGGCUCCCCACCAUUCACUGGGUGUCUCUGGUGCGGAGGACGCAUGUCCUUUGUCAAGAUUCAGAUUUUUUUUCCUCUUUUUCUUAAUUUUGAUUGUGCUUAUCGCGGCGCUCAUUAAAAUCUUUGUCAGAUUCCUGACAUGUUAUUUAAGUAACCAAAUUGUGUCUGGAGCAAACACCACCUAUGUUUGUUUUUUUUAGCAUAUUUUGGGCUGCCUGCCAUAAACCUGCCAAUUUGUGAUUAAAAGGUGAAAUAAAGAAAAAACUAAAUAUUCUUUUAUAACUUUAUUGUUUGCAGUUUUACAUUUGUUUUUGCUGAGGUUGGACGUGCAAAAGGUAAACUGAUUUUGAAGCAUUCUAAACAUGACGUUACAAUUAGACAGACUGUCCAUUUGGCUUUUUCAUUCAUUGUUGCCUGAGGUUGUGUUCUUGUGUCAGCUGAUUCCUCUUUGAGCGCGGCUGUUAUUCUGCUGCCUCCACGUAGAAGCUGCAGUGGUAGUUGUUAGGAGCGGUUCACGCUUUUAGUGUCUUUCCCAAGUCAGGAGUUUCUUCAGCCACGCCAGCGGCAAGGGAUAGCAAUGUCUGUCUGUCGGCCAUUUUGUACGGACAUUCGUGAUUCCCAGAGGAUGAACCCUUCUGACUUUGGUGACUUAAGGUGCGUUCACACCAAACCUGAACGAAUGCCUGCAAAA